AUGAUGGAAAUCGCCGAAGCGACGACGACGCCGCUCGUCUCGACGCCAUCGUCGGCGGCCGUCGCCGCGGCGCAUUCCGACGAGGCGCUUCGCAAAUUCAAAUGCCCAGAAUGCGGUAAAGCGUUCAAAUUCAAGCACCAUCUCAAGGAGCACAUUCGAAUUCAUUCCGGCGAAAAACCAUUCGAGUGCCAGCAAUGCCACAAAAGAUUCUCGCAUUCCGGAUCCUAUUCGUCCCAUAUGAGCAGCAAGAAAUGUGUUCAACAGAGCUCGCCGACUCUGGUUCCUCAAUUCAACCCAUACCAAUUGAUGAUGUACCGUAAUAUUAUGCUUCAAUUGCAAACUCCGCAAUUCCCGAUUCCAUCAUUGAACCCUGUGGAUACGUCGAACACCUAUUUCAACCUUCUGCAACAAGCGAAUCUUCUCCAAAACAUUGAGAAUCCACCGUCGGCCGCAGUUUCGCCGAACACACUUCUUGCUAAUUACAUGAAUAACUCAAACUCGACGACAACAACAACAGCUAAUGUUGCCGAGGAGUCGAGGAAUGAGUCGCCGGUAAGCUCGACGGUGACCGAAGAGCCGAAAAGUGAGGAGAAGCCGUCGCCGGUGCAUGCGACGCCAUCCGAAGAAGGAUCGCAAGAUGGGAAAAGCUCGCCGGACUGGAGGCCGCUGAGAUCAAGAAGCUUCUUGAACGAUAGUCAGGUGGCCAUCCUUCAGAACCACUUCAAACGCAAUCCGUUUCCCUCAAAAUACGAGCUUUCGGCGGUCGCUGAGCAGAUCGGUGUCAACAAGCGUGUCGUUCAGGUAUGGUUCCAGAACACUCGAGCCAAGGAACGUCGCAGCAACCGUCUCCCAUCUAUGCCACGGGGGAGUCUUGCAGCUUCACCAGCUUGGUCGCCGAGUUUGGCUCUUCCACAGUCUCCAGCGCAACUAAUGGCUGCGUGGGCUCAACAAUGUCUACAGAAUGGAGCGAUGAGCUCACAGGUAUGUAUAGUGGUGAACAGUUGGCGUAAUUGGGAUGAAUCCUCAAAAGAUGACGACCGGGAUGAGGGUAAUCAAACGCCUUUGGACUUGACGAUCAAAGAGGAAGAACCCGCUGAGCCAGAAUGGAGCCCCGAAAAGCUUGUGGGAUUCUUGGACCAGAGCAGCGUUGUUCUGCAAGAGCUUCUAAAGCAGGCGGGAAACGGGUUCUUCUCAAAUCAGGAUGAAGAGGAAGAAGAGAAGAAAACGACUCCAGCAACUACAACGACGACGUCAUCUAUAUGGCCGACAGUUUUCAACUACACGACUAUGCUCCAGCAAAAGUCUCCAGAAGAUGAUGCCUCUUCCCUCUGCUCAAAUGAUUCCAAAGUGAAGACUCCAGUCAAAGAAGAGGAAGGCUUGUUCACCUGCGAUCAAUGCGACAAGGUGUUCGGAAAACAGAGUUCAUUGGCGCGCCACAAAUAUGAGCAUUCCGGACAACGUCCCUACAAAUGCGAUAUCUGCGAGAAGGCUUUCAAGCACAAACAUCAUCUGACUGAGCACAAAAGGCUUCAUUCUGGCGAAAAACCGUUCCAGUGCGACAAAUGUCUCAAGCGUUUCUCACAUUCGGGUAGCUACAGUCAACACAUGAAUCAUCGAUAUAGUUACUGCAAGCCAUAUUUGGAGUCAUCCAGCCAAACGGCAACCCCAACCAAGACGAACGGAUCUGUAUCUCCAACUAUUUCGACAUCUCCAUCUACAACCCCGACGCCUUCAUCAUAA